GGAUAAAAAAGAGUGACUGCUCACUGAUUGGGGCAACCGGGAAGACAACAACGAGCAAGACAGCCGGUACCAAAAAGGGCAAGCUCUGCGUCCGUCUUCGUCCAGAGAGAGAGAGCGAGAGAGAGGAUAUCCCUCCAUUGUUGCUCUGUGAAAGCUUCUCUACAGCUCAUUCCUCUCUCCUCUCUCUCAGCAAUUCACCUCUCGUUCAACCUGAGGUCGUUUCCCCCCUCUCCCCGCCUCAUCCUCAAGCUCCGGCUUUGACAGAGGUUUGACUUCGUUUGCAGCAGAGCCAGAGGUUGGAGUGUUCUGAGAAUGUGAAAGCUGGGUUCUAAGUUUUGCUUAUUAUCGGGGAAGAAAGCGACUCUGAGCGCCUGAGUUGGAGAAAAGCUGUGGAAAUUAAGCAACCUCGACCCCAUAUUUCGGUUCAAUUUUGAAGUUUUGAGUUUUUGCAUUUGGGGGUGGGUGUGGGAGCAAAGAGGAGAGUCGAUCUGUUUUAGAGAAAGGGAGAGAGAGGAAGCAGCGAUUGAGCGAGCUGAUGGCUGAGACAGGUUCAAAAUUUUGGGAUUUGAGAUUACUGGUAGUGGUCGUGAUUAGUGUUCUUCUUAUAGUUUUUGUGCUUGUGUCGACAAAGCCAAGCUUGGGAGAUGAAGCUUUAACUUCUGCUGAAACUGAAGAGGUUGAAUCAGAUUUCAUUGUGAAAGUGCUGAACUUCCUAUGGCAACCUGGACGACUGCGUUACGAACGCGUUUGGCCGAAAAUGAAAUUCGGAUGGAAAAUUAUUGUGGGGACUAUAAUUGGAUUCUUUGGAGCAGCAUUUGGAAGCGUGGGCGGUGUCGGUGGGGGCGGCAUUUUUGUUCCCAUGCUCAAGCUGAUUAUCGGGUUUGAUGCUAAAUCCUCGACGGCUAUAUCAAAAUGUAUGAUCAUGGGUGCAGCUGGCACAUCUGUUUACUACAAUCUUAAGCAAAGGCAUCCCACGCUUGACCUGCCCGUUAUUGACUAUGAUUUGGCACUUCUAUUCCAACCAAUGCUGGUGCUGGGGAUCAGUAUUGGAGUUGCUUUCAAUGUGAUUUUCGCCGAUUGGAUGGUCACAGUUUUGCUGAUUAUUUUAUUCAUUGGUACAUCAACUAGAGCAUUUCUUAAGGGUGUUGAAACAUGGAAGAAGGAGACCAUAAUAAAAAAGGAGGCUGCUAGACGCUUGGAAUCAUCUGGUAAUAAUGGCGCAGAAGUAGAAUACGAACCUUUACCUGGAGGCCCAAGCAAUGACACUCAACCAGCAACCAAAGAAUCUGAAGAAAAAGGGGUCUCUAUUCUAGAGAACAUCUACUGGAAGGAACUUGGCAUUCUUUCUGCUGUCUGGAUUAUAAUCCUUGCAUUGGAGAUAGCCAAGAAUGAGACAACAACUUGUUCAGCAGUAUAUUGGGUAUUAAAUCUGUUGCAGAUCCCUGUGGCAGUUGGAGUGUCUGCCUUUCAGGCAUAUAACCUGUACAAAGGGCGGAGAGUGAUUGCAUCCAAAGGAGAAGCGGGCACCAACUGGCGAGUGCACCAGCUGAUUCUUUACUGUGCUUGUGGCAUACUGGCUGGAAUUGUUGGUGGACUGCUUGGUCUUGGUGGAGGAUUUAUUUUGGGACCUCUGUUUCUGGAGCUGGGAGUCCCCCCUCAGGUGUCAAGUGCCACUGCCACUUUUGCCAUGACAUUUUCCUCGUCCAUGUCUGUUGUAGAGUAUUACCUGUUGAAGCGUUUUCCAGUUCCUUACGCUCUCUAUUUUGUUGCCGUUGCUGCUGUUUCUGCUUUGGUAGGGCAACACUUGGUAAAAAAAUUGAUCAUCAUACUGGGAAGAGCAUCUCUAAUUAUUUUCAUCUUGGCUUUCACAAUUUUUGUGAGCGCAAUCUCACUAGGUAAGCAUGAUUCACUAGGAUGCAACUCCACUCAAACAUCCAAGAUUCUUAUAUUGAACCUUGAAACAGUUGGAAUUAUCAUAAUGGAAGGAUUUCCCACCAUUGUUCUUAGCUCUGAAAUGUUUUUGUUUUGUCCUUUUAACAGGUGGAGUUGGCAUUGCAGACAUGAUUAAGAAGAUUGAGGAGAAGGAGUACAUGGGAUUUGAGAGCCUAUGCUCAAGUGAUGCUUGAUGUUGAAUAUUUCUCUUUUUUUUUUUCCUUCCUCGUCCUUCCUAACCCCUCCAACACACUAGUUUAAAUCUCCUUGUUGCAAUUCUAUCUUUGUAAGCUUCAAGAUUUUCUUGAUAUUUUUGUUCCAAAUUUUGAAUUAGUCGGAUCAAAGAGAUAAUUGUUGCUUUCAGUGCAGCAGCCUCUUAAAUUUUAUGUAUGCUUGGUGUUACGGACCCCAAAAAUGUUGAAAUAUUUUUUAAAAUAUAUGAUAUUAUGGGUUUUCAAA